AUGGACAUCGAAGACUUGCAUCUCGCUUGCUUGGCUGAGAUCCCGGAAGGAGGCGGUCCUUGCCGGCUAGAGCUCGACGAGUCCGAGCCCCACGAACAUCGCGAACCACUUCAAGGAUGCGAGGGCCCGAAGCUGUUUGCUCGGGUCACAGAGGCUGACCGGGCUCGAGCACUGGAGCGGCCACCCAUGAUCCUAUCUUGCUCGCGCCGGACAGAUGUGCCCUGGGCUUUUCUGCGGCAGUAUUUGAAGGCCUUCCGCGAAGGAUUCAUGUACGUGCGGAGCCCUGUGACCAGGCACAUGGAUCCUGUGUGUCUGAAGCCAUAUGAUGAGACGACUGGCAAAGGAGUGACGUGCAUCAGUUGGUGGUCCAAGAACUAUUCGAAGUGGAUUGAGGAGUUUAAGCGUGACGGAAGCAUCCUCCACAGCUAUCGGAUGCACAUGUUCAAUUUCACGGUGAAUUCUGACGACUUGACUCUGGAGCCUGGGCUCUCGGCACCCUUGCCAGAGCGUCUGCAGCAAGUCACUUGGCUGGCCAACCGCUUUGGGCCACAUGCGGUCAAUGUUCGCUUCGACCCGAUCGUCCACUACCGGCGUCUGCCUGAACUCAAGAUCCGUGAUAACUUGCAAGACUUUGAGCAGAUAGUGCGCCACCUCCAGAGCCUUGGGAUCCGCCACAUUACCUUCAGCUUCUGCAAGCCCUACAAACAGUCUGUUCGAAACAUGUACUCAGCUGGUGUGGAACUGGUCGGGCUAUCGAUAUCACAGCAGCACCAGGUCUUAGAUCGCUUGCUGCCCUUGGCGGCCAAACACGGCGUUGAGCUUCGCUGCUGCUGCGAUACUGGCCUCGUGGGGCACCGCGCUGCGGUGCCUGAACCCGAGGUGCGGAAGGUGCGAAGAUGGGGCCUCAAGAAAGAAGGCACAGCGAAGGAGGCACGCCAGCUCCUCGCCACGCCCACAGCCCCGGAGGUUGGGGAGUCGCGGUGCCUAGAUGCGCGGCUAGCAGAUCGGCUAGCCAAAGAGCUGGGCAUAAAGGUAACCUUCCCACAUCAGAAAGAUCGAGGACAGCGUGAACAGUGCAACUGCACGGGUAGCAGGGAGAUUGGACAGUACGAGCUCCAGUGCCCCCAUUCCUGCCUCUACUGCUACGCCAACCCAAAGCCUGUGCAGCCUGGCGCGCCUGGCGGCGGUUGA